CUGUAGAAUUUCUUCGUAUGGCUUUUGAAAAUUGAACACGCAUCGGAGAUGAUGAAGCUAACAGUGGAACGGCACACUUUCCUUGUGAUUAUGGGAUGAAUAUUUUGGAGGGUAAUUAUGUCAUUUAGCUUCGACUCUAUUCUUCCUUCUCUCUUCCGCAACGUAAUAAAAGUCCGAGGUUUUCUCCGAUCUCCGUGGUCUGUCUAUUGGAGUAGGAGGCUAUAUGGAUCGGGACACCGACUUCAUCCCUUCCUCUCCUUCCUUCUCGUCCCUUUCCUCCUCCGAUCUCGACACCGAGUCGACCAGCUCCUUCUUUCCCGACCGGAGCACCACCCUCGGCACGCUCAUGGGCGUCUCGUUCGCAGCCACCGUCUCCGCCUCCCGCUCCGCCCGUCUUCCGUCUCGCCGCGAGCACGCCAGCGGGGGCGCCGCCGCGCGGCGUCCGAAGCCGAGGGCGGCGGAGCGGCGGCGGCGACGCGGGAGGAAGGGGAGCUGGUGGCGGCUCUGCCGCGACGAGAUGUCCGGGCCGACCUCGCUGGGGGAGUUCCUGCAAGUGGAGCGGCGGAUGGCGGGCGGAGACGUGGCGGACGGGCACUACGUCUUCGGCGGCGCCGCGGCCUCCGCCGCCGCGGAGCACGUGGCGGUGGGCGGAGGGCCGCUGUUCGCCGACGGCGUGGUGCUGCCUCCGGCUCCUCCGGCCGUGCGGCAGAGGCGGACGGAGUCGAUGGGGCGGCUGCCGGCGCUGCUCAUCCCUGGAAUCUGCAGCGGCGGCGAGGGAUAAACUUGCGAUUUCGCGGCGCGUGGACAAGUUGCAGAACAACAAAAAAACUCUUUUUUUUCUUAAAAAAAAAAGAAAUAUCUUUAAUUAUUUCCUUCAUUUUUUUAACUCUUAUUUCUUGGCCUUUGCUUUACUUGUUUUUCUUCUUUUUUUAACUGUUUUUUUUUCAUGGUGUGGCGUGAGAGACAAGAAAAGAAGCGUUGGGACACGAAGUAUGAUGUCGGUGGAUUGGAUCUAGCAUUGGCACUGAUUUGAAAUUAUUGUAUAAAAUAGGAGACAAUUGGAAUUUUAUAUGCAUUGUUUGCUAGUAAA